AUGGCGAGGCAGCACAACCUGAUGAUGCACGUUCCCUCUUCUUCCUUUGUCUCCUUCAUCCACCUCCUUUUGGCUGCCCUGGUGGCCACCGCGCAGAACGCGCCGUCGCAGGUUCGCGUCGGCGUCAUCCUGGACCUGAAGUCGCCGGUCGGGCACCGGCGGCGGACCGGCAUUCAGAUGGCGGUGGAGGACUACUACGCCGCGCACCCCGCUUCAGCUACCAAGGUGGUGCUCCAUUUCAGGGACUCCGAGGGGGACGUCCUCCGCGCCGCUUCUGCUGCGGUGGAUUUGAUCAAGAACGCGCAGGUCCAGGCCAUCAUCGGUCCUCCCACCUCGGCCGAGGCCGAAUUCGUUUCCCACAUCGGCGACCGCGCGCACGUUCCAGUCCUCUCCUACUCCGCCACCUCCCCGGAGCUGUCUGCCGCGCAGACGCCUUUCUUCGUGCGCACCACUGCCAACGACUCCUUCCAGACGGCGCCCGUCGCCGCCGUCCUCCGCGCCUUCAACUGGCGCGCCGCGGCCGUCCUGUACGAGGACUCGCCCUAUGGGAUGGGCAUUCUUCCGGCGCUCGCCGACGCGCUCCAGGGCGUCAGCGCCAAGAUCAUGGACCGGGCGUCCGUGCCGAGCGACGCGGACGACGCCCGCAUCGACGCGGUGCUCUACCACCUGAUGGCGAUGCCCACCCGCGUGUUCGUGGUGCACAUGCUGUAUCCUCUCGCCGCGCGGCUCUUCCGCCGGGCGAAGAAGGCCGGCAUGAUGUCCGAGGAGUACGUCUGGGUCGCCACGGACGGCGUCGGCGGUUUCAUCGACAUGCUCAGCCCCGAGGACAUCGACGCUAUGCAAGGCGUCGUCAGCCUUCAGCCUUACGUGGAACUGACGGACGACGUCAAGAACAUCUCGGCACGGCUAAGGGAGAGGUCACGUCUGGAGAACCCGAGUGACGCGGACGUCGUAGACUUAACCUUGAUGAGGCUCUGGUCGUACGACACGGCAUGGGCAAUCGCCUCGGCUGUGGAGGCGGCCGGUGUCCCCAGCCCGGCGUUCCAGACACCUCAGCAGGGCACGGCGCUGACAGACUUGGACCGGCUCGGGGUGUCAGCCACCGGAGCAACGCUCCUCAAGGCCGUGCUCACCACGACGUUCGACGGGAUAGCCGGCAAGUUCAAGCUGGUAGACGGGCAGCUGCAGCUCCAGGCGUACGAGGUGAUGAACAUCAUCGGCAAAGGAGCCAGGACGGUCGGGUUCUGGACGCCAGAGUUUGGCAUCACGAAAGAUCUGAGCCCUGACAGCGCCAAGGUGCUGAAGCAAAUCCUCUGGCCAGGAGAACCACGGUCCACUCCCAAGGGCUGGACCGUGUCACCAAACGGGCGGAUGCUCCUGGUUGCCGUCCCGGUGAAGAACGGGUUCAAGCAGUUCGUGGACAUCACCGUGAACUCGACAACCGGUGAGACAAAGAUCACAGGCUACUGCAUCGAUGUGUUCGACGAGGUCAUGAAGAGUUUGCCCUAUCCGGUGAGCUACCGGUAUGUGCCAAACAACGAUAGCUUCGAGUCCUAUAACAACUUUGUGAACCUGGUGCGCGAUCAGGAAGUCGACAUGAUCGUCGGAGACGUGACGAUCACCGCCAGCAGGAUGGCCGAGGUGGACUUCACCAUGCCGUUCACGGAGUCGGGGUGGUCGAUGGUGGUGACAGUGCAGAAGGACACGUCCUCGACCAUGUGGAUCUUCGUGCAACCGCUGAGCACGAGCCUCUGGCUCGCUAGCCUCGCCUUCUUCAUCUUCACCGGCUUCGUCGUGUGGAUGAUCGAGCACCGCAUCAACCCCGAGUUCCGUGGCACGCCAUGGCAACAGUUCGGCCUCAUCUUCUACUUUGCCUUCUCGACCCUUGUCUUCUCACACAAGGAGAAGCUGGAGAGCAACCUGUCGAGGUUGGUGGUGAUCAUAUGGGUGUUUGUGGUCUUGAUCCUGACGUCCAGCUACACGGCGAGCCUGACGUCGAUGCUGACCGUCCAGAAGCUCCAGCCCACGGUGACGAAUGUGAGGGAGCUCCAGCGGCGCGGACACUACAUCGGGUACCAGGAGGGCAGUUUCAUCAAAUCAUCUCUCACGAAAAUGGGUUUCGAGGAGAGCAAGAUGAGGAUGUACAGCUCCGAGGAUGAGUACGCGGACGCGUUAUCCAGAGGCUCGGCCAACGGCGGGGUUGCCGCAGUGUUCGACGAGAUCCCCUACCUGAAGCUCUUCUUGUCGCAGUACUGUGAUGGCUACAUGAUGGUCGGACCAAUCUACAAGACCGAUGGCCUCGCAUUUGUAUUCCCGAGAGAUUCUCCGAUGACGGGGGAUGUGUCGCGGGGGAUACUGACGUUGGCGGAAUCGGAGAAGAUGACCAAGAUCGAGAAGGCGUGGUUCGGCGAGCCAGGCGCCUGCCGCGGCCCAGGCAGCGCUGCCAUCGGCUCUUCGUCCAACCUGAGCUUCCAGAGCUUCGCCGGGCUGUUCAUCAUAACAGGCGUGGCCUCCAGCCUGAUGCUCCUUGUGUACCUCGCCACCUUCGCUUACCGCGAGCGCGACGAGCUCCGGGGAGCCGAGCCCACCGCUGGCUCCGGCAGCGUGUCGCUACGGAAGCUGCGCGCAUGGAUGCAGCACUACGACCGGAAGGAUCUCAGGUCUCCCACCUUCAAGACGUGGAACGACGAGUCCCUACGGAAUGGCAACGAGUCCGGUAACCGGGCGCCCAGUCCUAGAUGGAUGGGCGAGGGAAGCCAGAGGAACGGUGCGACGAGCCCGUUCAGCGUCUCUGUCAGGUCGGAGAUGAACGUCGCUUCUUCAGUUGAGGAAACACCGGCGUCAGAUGCGCUCGAUAACUCGUCUGAGCAAGAGGAAGAGGGGGCAACGAUAAACUCUCUCGAGAUUACUCAGUCUCCGUCUUUUGUGCAAUCUAGCCGUUGA